CCCAUUUUUUGGGGCAAGUGCUCCUAUUUACAUUCCUUCUUCUUCUUCCACAUUUUUCAUCUACUUUCAAAAAAUAAAAUUUACAAUACCCAAAUCCUUCAACAUUCCAAACUUAUAUUAUAUACAUACCCUUUUUAUAUUUGUCUCUGCUUGAUUAUCAUCACUGCAUAAUAUUGAUUUCAGUUGGGUUUUGUUCAUGUUACAAGGGUUAGGUUCGAUUUUAGUUCAUUUCAGUGGAAAAUAUAUUAGUACGUUUAGGGUUCAAGAAUGUGAGAGCUGGGAGUAUUCAGGUUUGUUAUGAGGAAUAAAAUGGAGGGUCUCAAGGUGGAUGGGAAAGAAGAAAAAAUUAAGAAGAGAGGGAUUGAUGGAGAUCCUGGACACAGGCGUUCUAAGAGUUCUUCUGAUCGAAAUCCAGAGGUUUCAAGAGGUGGAGCCUUACACCCCAAAAAGGAGAUCCAGAAUGAAAUAUAUCCUUUACGGGCGUCACCACUUUCAAGAAGAACUUCCGGAGCUCACAGUCCUCUACAUAACCACCCAAAAUACAUGAGCAAGAAUUCUUCAACCAACCACAGGGCCUCACUGGAGAAAGACAUUGAGCAGCUCCAACUGCGUCUUCAGCAAGAGAAAUCCAUGAGAAUGACCCUUGAGAGGGCAAUGGGCCGUGUCUCAAGCACAUUAUCUCCAGGACACAGGCAUUUUGCUGCACAGGUAAUAUACUAUUAUUUGACUAGCCCAAAGGCUUUUGAACCUCAUGUCCCUUGUAGUCAAAAAAGGUUGCUACAAGGUCACCAUGAACAUAACCAACUGAUGCAGUACAACGUCUUUGGAUAUCCUCUUCAACAGAAAGUGAUUUUGAUCUGUAUUUGGGAACACCCCGGUACUGUUUUAAUACUAGUUAAAUUAAUUCUGUACUUAUACAUGAUUUUGUACUUUUGUUUCAUAAAAAUUGAAGGAUUUCUUUAUAUCGGAAGUUUCAACGCCCUUGUAUUAUGUUUGUGUUAUUAUUUUGGGUGCCAAAGAAUGUCAAGGUUUCCGAUGUCGAUUAUUUUUCAGGGUCAGGAGAAGGUUCUAACCAUUGAGAGAAAUUCAGUACUAAGAACCCUUAAGGAUCAUCUCUACCAAUGUCCUAGCAAGUUAUCUGAGGAAAUGGUCAGGUGCAUGGCAGCAGUAUACUGCUGGCUUGGAAGUGCAGCAUCAGAGAAUCUCGAAAAGAAAAGAUCAUCUAUAUUGUCAAGGUCAUCUACCAAUGUUAUACCCCCCAUGGUAGUGAUUGGAGAAGAUCAAGGGUUGUCUUGCAAAUCCAUGGUAGAAAUAUGUUGGAUACCAACUGAUAAAAGCCACUUCUCUCGAGCAUCUUUUGCCAUCAACAACUACAGAGUUCUCGUAGAACAAUUGGAAAGGGUGGCUGUGAAUCAGAUGGAAAACACUUUACAAAUUGCAUUUUGGAUCAAUGUGUACAAUGCUCUUGUUAUGCAUGCAUAUUUAGCUUAUGGUAUCCCUCAAAACUCUCUAAGAAGGUUAGCUUUGUUUCACAAGGCUGCAUACAACAUUGGUGGCCAGAUCAUAAGUGCAAAUGCCAUAGAGCAGUCAAUCUUCUGCUUCCGUACACCCCGGGUUGGAAGGUGGCUGGAGACAGUCCUGUCCACUGCCUUGAGGAAAAGAUCUGGUGAAGAACGACAACGUAUCAGUUCUAAAUUUGGUCUUAAAAGCUGGGAACCCUAUCUCUGCUUUGCUCUCUGUACUGGAGCCUUUUCUGAUCCUAUGUUAAAAGUCUACACUGCAUCAAAUGUCAAAGGAGAACUAGAAGCUGCUAAGAGAGAAUUUCUUCAAGAAAAUAUUGUAGUCGAGAAAUCAAGGAAAGUAUUUCUGCCAAGGAUACUUGAAAGAUUUGCAAGGGAAGCUUCCAUCAACUCCAAUGAUCUCCUCAAAUGGGUUACCGAAAAUGUUGAUGAAAAGCUCCAAGCUUCAAUACAAAAAUGUGUUGAUCAUCGUAAAUCCAGCAAAAAGGCAUCUGUAGCCAUCGACUGGCUGCCUUAUAAUUCAAGGUUUCGGUAUGUGUUCUCCAAGGACUUAUUGGAAAAGCCAUGGUAAGUUUGAGUUUCCUCAAUUUUGGUUAUUUGAAACCAUUUAGCAUUGUUUGGGGAACAAGGCAACUGUGAUGGGUUGUCCAUUAGCAAUAACCUUCUUAAUUUGUUGAAUAACUGUAAUUUACAAUGACUGUAGAAAUCUUGUGAGCUUUAGCAGCACCAUUAAUUAGAUAGUGAAAAUUUUUUGGUCAUACCAUGGAUUGAUUAUGUUUCCUUAUAAAAAAUUGCAUCCAUUAUAGCAA